UGUGAGGAUGGGUCGCCCAAUCUGAAUAUGUGGGAGGAGAACAUCCGCCCACAAAAGCCAUAGCAAUCUUUCCAUAGCUCAAAUGCAAUUGUGUAUCAAAAAGCGUGCAUAAUGCAAGAGUGAAAAUGAAGAUGUUACUGAUUAAAUGAAAAAUAGCAGGCACUUGUCCUGAGCAAUGCAAAACUACCAGUCCUCCGUGACAGAAGAGAACGACUUGGCGUUCGCUUGCGAUUUAAAUGGAAGUGGGUGGACCAUGGUGUAGACAGUCGCAACUUCGAUGUGUGGACAUACUUCAGCGAUGAAUGCACUUUUGACACGGAUGAAAAUUCACCAACGCGACUCCGCUCAGCGCCCACCUAGAAGAUAUUGAACGCGACCUGGCCGGUAUAUACAUUUGUGCGACGUUACAGUUAUAUACAGGCGUACAAAUUGUGCUUUGCAUUUGGUACCGCCCUUCCUGACGGGUGGGUCUUUCGUCAGAGCCAGAGCGAGCCAGCGGUCGGGGGAGCUACGCCACAGCCUAGCAGUAGCCAUUCGUGGAAAAAUAGGCCGUCCUUCUCCGGGCUUCAGCCUGCCUCUGCCUCCACAGCGUCCGGCCUUUUUUUCUGAAACAACUCCUCUCCGGUUUUAUUAAUGCGGGAUGAGUGAUCAAAAGAAGGAAGCUAUGGCAACAGAUGGGGGCAAAUCAGGAGGAGGUGACAAGGGCAAAACUUCAGGAUCACAGGACUCGCAGCCGUCUCCACUGGCGCUGCUGGCGGCCACAUGCAGUAAAAUAGGGGGCGUGGCCGGCGAGGGCCAGGCGGGAGUGGCACAGCAGAUCAUCAUCGCUGACCCCAGCCAGGGGCUCGUGCAGCUCCAGAACCCUGCGCAGCAGCUGGAGUUCGUUCCCGCGCAGUUCACCGGCAAUGGCUGGCAGAUCAUCACUGCCUCAACGCCUACCACAGUCACAAAGGACACUCUGACACAAGCAGGAGGCCUGACCAUAGCCACAGCCGCUGCGCCCAGCGAUGGCGGCGCCUCCGGACGCAAAGUCAAAGUGGUCGGCGCCAACAAUGCCUCAGCCGGACAGCAGCAACAGCAGCAGUUUCAGAUCAUCCAGGUGCAGAACAUGCCCAACUCCACAGGUGGCAUUCAAUACCAGGUCAUACCGCACCUUCAGACUGCCGACGGGCAGCAGAUCCAAAUCAACCCGGCCGGCGCCGCCACGUCGUUAAGUGUUCAGCCGGAGCAGAUCCAGCUGAUCUCGACCGGCAACAACCAGGCCAUCCUUGCUACACCACAGCGGGCAGGUGCGGCGACGACAGCUAACAUAGUCACGCAGAACGUAGCCAAUCAGGCCAUCCCGCUCCAGAUCCGGCCCUCCUUCCCACUCCAGCUGCAGACCAUCCAAGGUGCCCAGGCGGCGCCCAUGGUGACCACCGUACCCAUAAACAUCGGCGGCAUGACCCUCGCCCUGCCCGUCAUCAACAACGUCGCUGGCGGCGGGGCGGUCCAGCUGGUCCAGCAGCCAGGUGAAGCGGUCACCGUCUCCAACGGCAACCUGGUGACCGUAUGCGGAGCGGAAUCUUCCGGCAUCACGACGGUCGCCGCCACCACCGCUAGCGACGGCACCAUCGUGUCCGCCAUCGACGGUAGCACGCUAACCACCACUGCCGCCAUGCCAACAGCGCUAGCCGAUGGCGACGCCACAGACAAGGACCCCCAGAGCCAGCAAAUGGACCAGGCACCGGACGGAACCCAGAACCCCCCAGUCACCAUUGCCACAACCCAGAUCCAGGCCAACGGGAUACAGACGGUGACGGCAGAGCAGGCCGCCGGGGGCCAGCCCAUCCAGCAGUUCCACAUCGUCAGCCACCCGGUACUGCAGCAGAUCCAGAUCCAGCAGCCACAACAGCAGCAGGGCCAGCAGCUGGUCCAGCUGCAGCCCGGUCAGACCCUGCAGCAGGUCCAGAUGCCAGUCAAUCUACAGCAGAACCUGCAGCUUCAGGCCUUCCAGAACCCCACACAGGUUCUUAUCCGGGCGCCCACGCUCUCCCCCAAUGGCCAGAUCAGCUGGCAGACGGUGCAGGUGCAGAACGCGGCCAUGCCACAGCAGCUCACGCUGGCUCCCAUGGCGGGCAACGCGGCAGGCACAGCAGCGGCAGGCGCUGGAGGAGGGGCCACGUUCACCCAGAUCACGCCGCAGGCGCUCGGCGGCACGCCCAUCAUCCUCAGCGCUGCCCAGCUGACGUCGGGCACGGGGGUGCAGACGGUGAACAUCGCCGGGCUGGGGGCGGCAGGGGUGCAGGUGCAGGGGAUGCCCCUCACCAUCACCGGAGUGCAAGGUCAACAGCAGGGUCAGGAAGGGGUCAAGGUUCAGUCGUCCCCGGUGACCGUGACGGUGGGCAACAUCGGUAACACGGCGACGUUGAGCGCGGUCAGUCCAGACCAGAUGGGUCAGGUGCAGAGCCCCUCCGACCAGGAGGGCCAACCCAGCAAGAGGCUACGCAGGGUGGCAUGCUCAUGCCCCAACUGCAGAGACGGAGAGGGCAGGAACAACAGCGACCCGUCUAAGAAGAAGCAGCACGUGUGUCACAUGGAGGGCUGUGGGAAGGUGUACGGCAAGACGUCGCACCUGCGCGCCCACCUGCGCUGGCACACGGGGGAGCGGCCCUUCGUCUGCAACUGGAUCUUCUGUGGCAAGAGGUUCACACGCAGCGACGAGCUACAGCGGCACCGCCGCACACACACAGGUGAGAAGAGGUUCGAGUGCCCGGAGUGCUCCAAGCGCUUCAUGAGGAGCGACCACCUCUCCAAGCACAUCAAGACGCACCAGAACAAGAAGGGCGGCACGGCGUUGGCCAUCAUCACCACGGAGGACAUGGAGGACACAGGCGGAGAGGACGAGGCCGAGGUGGAGGGGGAGGGGGAAGGGGAGGGGGAUGGCGAGGGAGCGCUGGGCUCGCCCAGGAUGGUUACCGUGGAGGCACUCGGCCAGGAGGACUCCAGCCCAGCCACGCCCACCACCUCCAACAACCUGGAGGAGGAAGAGGAGGAGUUUGAGUAGACAGUGACACACCCUUCUUUUUCGUGUUUUUUUUGUUCGAUCCAAUGACUGAAAGGUGUAUGGACACAGCACGGUUUAAUGGAUUUGAAGCAUUUUCAGCUGUCGAUUUGUAACCAGAACACUGGUUGGUUUCCUGGUUGGAAAUUGCCAAUCGAUCGUGUCCCUCCCCGAUAUCAAGGCUGCGAUUCUGAUUUGUGGUUCCAACAAAGAACUCCUUUGUUCUGGUUGCAAACCGACAGCUGAACAUCCUUCAAGUCCGUUUAGCUGUAUAGAAUGGAACCUUGGUGUCCGAUCUAAUAACGGCCUGGAGGAGGAAGAAGAGUUUGAGUAGCCACACCUCCUUAUCUGUCAUUGGCCGCAUUCACGACUGUGAAAAAAAAACAAAAACGCUCCAAUCCGAUCAAAUCGAUGCAGUGCACCGGUCCACAUGACACGUUGGUAACCAUGUGCACAGCACCAAAUUUUGUUCAGAUUUGAUGGUUUUGUAGUAUCGAGAACAUGGCCAAUGAGUGUGCAGUCUCUGGCCACAUUAGGAUUGGUCGAAACGGAUGCAACCACACACGCAGUCAGAAAUGCAUUCUGGGCUGAAAGUGUUGCAUGAAAUCGAGUUCUGAAAUAGAAAUCCAACCAUCCUGUAUUAAUUUGAGCUCAAAGUGUGUGUUUUACUGACUGCAUGCGGCUGCAUCUGUUUCGGUCAAACGAGGCCAUUUUUCUGUUUGUCAGUUCGUUUGUUUGUUUUUUCCUCUUCUUUACAUGGCACCUUGCUUCUUCUACGGUGCCAAGUUGAAAUGGACAAAUGGAGAAGUGCACCUGACUUUUUAAAAAUUUCAUUUGAAUUUUUAUGUUUCAUUUCUCUAAAAGAGUCUAAAACUAAUGCAUAUGACGACAUAAAAAUAGUCUAAAGCUAAAAAGAAAGAAAGAAAAAUGAUUACAAUAUUAUCGGUAGCCAGGUAAAAAAGGUAUAUUACUAAAUCAGAGCAGUAGCACAAUGCUGAGGGGGCUGUGGUUCUCUUGUACGAAUCACCACCACCACAAGUCUUGGGGGUUGUAAGAAUCUAUUUCUAUGCACAAAGAUAUGUACUUCUGUUGUUAUUCAUAAAUAGGGAUGAAUUAGUUAUAUACGUAAUAGCAAAGUUAAAACAGGUCACCUAAAAUCCCUUUUACGUUCAGUAGAGGCCCUCAGGCCAGGACCUAAUGUGAACUUCUCAAACAGGUACACAGUACAGCACUUGAUGGUCCUAAACAUACCGUAGUUCCUUUUCAGUCAGAUCUCUUAGCGAUUAACACUUUAGAGUAGGGUUCACGUGUUAGCCAUGUCUAAUCACCAUCUGUAUAAAAGACAUUUGUUAGGGCCCUAUUAGGUCCUUAUUACCAUUACACCAAUAAUAAAGGCCUUAUUGGCUGUAAACAAGAAAUGUAUGAAUACAUACCUAAAAAUAUGUCUAAUACAUGUCUACUUUACAGAUGGUUAGGCGUAUAUUAGUGGCUAGCAUUUUAACCUUAAAAUAAAGUGUUAACGUCUUAGCAGAAUAGUUAACAAUAAAACGAUGUCUUGGUCUCUUUGACAUUGCCUCUCCUCUUUUCUGAGGUGCAUCAGUGGUUUUUAUUGGACUAACUGUUUUUGGGUUCCUACCUAAACUCAUGUAGAUAGCAAGUUCUAGAUAUCUACAAGGUAUGCAAGUUUAUUUGCCAAUGGAUAAAACCUCAGAUUCUAUUCUCAAGACUUGGGCAAAGCACGACUUUCUAAGAUUAUAUUUGGAUUUAUACAUGUUUUAUUGAUAACCAGAUUCUAAAAGUUCUUGUUUAGUAAAGAAGAGUAAAUAGAAGGAAAAGAUCAAGAAGUAUGAAAAUAAUUAAAAGCACACGUUAAAUUAAAUGUUAAAAAAACAAAGCAUUCCUAUAUAAUAAAUUGUAAGUGUCACAGUUUCUAGAAUAGAUGGUGAUGGAGGUGAUGGGAAAAACAGAACACAAUCAAGCUUUCUGUGGCGUGCUACGUUUUGGCGAAAGCAAUACUUUCAAGACAAUCUUCGUGAAACCAUGUUUACAUUAAAUGAGGGUUUGGGGGAGAAAUGUAGGUUUCUUUAAUACAGGAGUUUUAAAAGAAAAAAACACAAAAUGAGAAAAGGACAAAAAAAACAAUAACAACAAGAAGCGGAAAGGUCUUUUGUCUCUCAAGUCAUACAAACUGUACUACAAUGCCUUAACACAAACUUGCAGUACGGCUCCGGUUAUGUACGUAAGCCAGGAGUCUCCCCAAAGUGUGUAUGAGUGUGGGAGACCCAAGGCCUUACAAAUUGUGAAAAUGUUUAUUAGAGAAACUUGUGAACUCAAUGGCGAGCCAGCACUCUUUCUUUUCUUUAAUUUGUUUGUUUGUUUUGUUUUAAAGCCCUUUUUGCUUCAGUCUCCCGUAUGGUCAGGUUGCAAAUCCUUCUCUAAGGACAAAAAAAAAAGAAAUGCGUAAAUAGUUUGUUCACCCUACCCUGACCCAAGUCCUACGCACCCAUAAACUGGAGUCAAACCCAUGAGGACACACUUCUCUCAGCAGAAAUCCCUUAUAGUGGAAAUCCACACACACACACACACACACACACACACACACACACACACACACACACACAGGCGUUCACUGACUGGCCCACUCCCUAUAAUCACUGUGUCCAGUACACCCCUCACCCAACAUUGCUCUUGUGUCAGCCUCCAUGGUGGGCAGGGUGUUAUUGUCCCUACGGUCUAGAAUCAUUAACGCUGUUCUGAAACGUGUCUGGUGGUGUUUUCUAUCUGUGUCCGUUUCGUGAGUAAAGGUCUCUCUUUUUAAUUUAUCUUAAUUUAAUUUAAUUUAAUUUAUUGUGAAGAAAAAAAGGAAACAAAUACUACCCAGAAUGCCCAACCCCUGUCCAAUUAAAUUCUCACCCCCAACCAUGCCCCUCCCCCUCCCAUGCAAGCCACACCCCUUUCCUUACAGCACAGGCAACUGUAGAUGAGAAACUGUGUAUCGCUAAUUUAUUAUUUAUCCGUAUUUUUAAUAUUUGCCUUUGCAGAAAUUGCUGACGUGUGUCGUGCGCUGUCAAUUCAGAGAUUAUGUGCAGCAUGUUUUUUGUUUUCUGCUAAUAGUAUUGAAUUCUUAUUUCUAAAUGUGGUCCUUUUUAUAAAUAUAUCCAUUACUUUUUAAUUUAAAUAAUCUUUUUUUUCCUCCACAUCACAAUGCAUUUCAAAAGAAAACAGAUGGAAAAAAUACCAAGCAAAAAAAAAAGUUUCAAAUGAAAUGGUUGAUACCAAACAAGUUUAGAUGUUUUUGGUAAUAUUUUGUGUGACGACUGAUUUUCUUUGAUAUUUUCUAGUGACAUCUCAUUUGUAAAUCUUUUUCUAAGAUGUUCGUUUGUCUCCAUGACCUUUGAUAAUGUUUUUUUGCCAGGUUAGCCUCAAAGGCUGAAUUUUUUUCUUGAUAUUUUUCAAAAAAAAGACUUUGUACAAAUGUGUUAUGUGAAUGGAGGAGGAAUGGAAAAAAGGAGAAAAUUGCCUGCAUAACACUUGAAAAUAAGUGAAUAAAA